AUGGCUGAUAUGUCUGUAUAUGGAUAUCAACCAUCAUUAGGUGUUGGUAUUACAGGCUUGACGCUCUUCACGCUUUCAACUUGUGUUCAUAUCUAUCAGAUGUGUAAAGUUCGUAUGUGGUGGCUUGUUGUGCUAAUACUUGGGGGAAUAACGGAAAUGAUUGGCUAUGCCGCACGUAUCUAUUCAUGGCACGACGAUACUAAUCUUGAUGCUUUUCUUGCUCAAACUGUCACUCUCAUCAUUGCACCAUCAUUCUUUUCAGCUGCUCUGUAUGUUGCUUUUGGUCAAAUAAUACAUAUUCUUGGUCGACAAUAUUCUCUAUUACCACCAUUAUGGUAUACUAUUAUAUUUGUCAUUGCUGAUGUAAUCUCUCUGAUUGUGCAAGCAGUUGGUGGAGGGCAAGCUGCUGAUGCUGCUAGAACAAAUGCUGACACAACUAAUGGAACUAAUAUUAUGGUUGCUGGUAUAUGCUUUCAAAUGUUCAGUAUGUCAAUCUAUGUAAUUCUUGUCAUCAUCUAUAUUAUUCGACUAUUAAAAGCAAAGGUAGAAUUAACAAGAGAUAUGAAAAUAUUUCUUAGCAGCAUAAGUCUUGUAACAUUGAUGAUCUUUAUUCGCUGUAUUUAUCGUACAAUCGAAUUAUCAGCUGGUUGGACCGGUUAUAUUAUUACUCAUGAAGUAUACUUUGCAUGCCUAGACGGUUUACCAAUGAUAAUUGCAUUAAUAACAUUCAAUAUCUUUCAUCCAGGCCAAUAUAUUAAGAAUACAAAUCAAGUAAAUGCAUUGAAAGCGGAUAUUCCAUUGUGA